GAGAGGGCUCCUCCAGUGGUGUUUUGGUCCACUCGAGCCUACUUUCCAAAAUGACAGCAAGGAAAUCUGGCUCACGACUGGAGACGGAGAUAGAGCGGUGCCGAUCAGAGGGUCAAUGGGACAAGAUACCAGAGCUAGUUCGACAGCUCUCCGCGAAACUAAUUUCAAACGAUGACUUGGGGGAGUUGUUGCUUGGAGAAUGCAAGCUUCAGACGUACCUGAAGGAGAACCCCAUAAAACAAGGAGCCAGUCCAAGGGGCCCACGACCUAAACUAGUGGAGGUCAGAAAACACCUGACUGCUGCUUUGGACAGAGGAAACCUCAAGGCUGAUUACCUGCAGGAAGCCAGCCUGUUGAUGGCCAAACUUUGCUAUGUAGAGGGAGAAUACAAUGAUGCUUUAGGUCACUACAGCAGAGUGAACCUGGAUGACAUGCAGCUGGUUGGAGCUCCUGUGUACAGACUUUCCAUGAUAGCAGAGGCUUAUGCCACUAAAGGACUGUGUCUAGAGAAAGUCCCUGCUGCCUCUCCAUCACUGUCCAAUAAGAACACAGGGUCUCCAUCGUCUAAUAAGAGCACAACAGAUCGGGAGCAGGAAAUCAUCACCUGUUAUGAAAAGUCUGGAGACAUUGCCCUGCUCUACCUGCAGGAGGCUGAGAAGGCGUUGUCUGCAGGAAUUCAGAACCGCAGCCCAAAGCCUGGCCCAACGGCCCAAGACCUAGAGUUGGGCUACUUCCUGGAGACUGGCAUGCAGAGAGCCCAUGUCAUUCACUUUAAGAAUGGCAAUCUGACACGAGGCGUUGGGCGUUUCCGUGAGAUUCUUCGGGCUGUUGAGACCAGAACCACUCAGAGCCUGCGCAUGACCAUUGCCAGACAGCUUGCAGAGAUCUUGCUAAGAGGAAUGUGUGAACAGAGUUACUGGUCUCCUCUGGAAGACCCACCAUCAGUGUCACCUUUGGACGAUCCAACACGGCAAGGACACACUCACAGUAAAAACUACAGCCUGAGCCGACGCCCACGAGUGUACUCAGGAGAGAAUUUGUUUUGCCCUCAAGAGAACACAGAAGAAGCGCUGCUGCUGCUGCUCAUCAGUGAAUCCAUGGCAAACCGUGACGCUGUCCUGAGCAGAAUUCCCGAACACAACAACGAUCGUAUCAUCAGCCUACAGUCUGCCUCUGUGGUGUAUGACCUGCUGACUAUAGCUCUGGGCAGGAGAGGGCAGUACGAGAUGCUAUCAGAGUGUUUGGAGAGAGCCAUGAAGUUUGCCUUUGAAGAGUUCCAUCUGUGGUACCAGCUCGCCCUGUCACUAAUGGCAGCUGGGAAAUCAGCUCGUGCUGUUAAAGUCCUUAAAGAGUGUAUCCGUCUGAAGCCUGAUGACCCCACAAUCCCACUGCUUGCUGUAAAACUGUGUAUCGGACCUCUGCACUGGUUAGAUGAAGGGGAGUGCUUUGGAAAGAUGGUGAUUGACAUGGGAGAGAAAGCAGCCGAAUUCAGAGCCAAAGGCUACCUAGCUAUUGGGCUAGUUUACAGCCUCAAAGCCACUGAUGCAUCGUUGCGAAGCACUCAGGAGGACUACCAGAGGAAAGCUUUGGGAGCCUUCCAGAGAGCUCAGAGUCUGUCUCCUACUGAUCAUCUAGCAGCUUUUUAUUUAGCCCUGCAGCUUGCUGUAUCCAGACAGAUCCCCGAGGCACUAGGCUAUGUCCGACAGGCCUUGCAGCUUCAAGGGGAUGAUGUCCACUCCCUCCACCUGCUGGCUUUGUUGCUCUCUGCUCAGAAACACUACCACGACGCUCUCAAUAUUAUAGAGAUGGCUCUCUCGGAGUACCCUGAAAACUUUAAUCUGCUGUAUACCAAGGUGAAGUUGGAGUCAAUGUGUAGAGGACCGGAGGAAGCUCUCCUUACCUGUAAACAUAUGCUGCAGAUCUGGAAGAGCUUCUACAACCUAACCAACCCCAGUGAUUCAGGGCGUGGCAGCAGUUUGUUGGACAGAGCCAUAGCAGACAGACGGCAGCUCAACGCCAUGACUCUGCCUGACUUCAGUGAUCCUGAGACAGUCUCAGGUUCUUCAUCUUCUCACUCUGGUUCUGAACUGGUCUCCCCAACCUCCCUAUCCACUUUUUCCACCUUUUCCACUAUCUCCUCGCCACUGUCCUCUCCUUCUUCCCCUGUCUUUAUCCUCCAGCCUCCUCCUCUCCCUCCACCUAAAAAUCCACCCUUCCUCCCUCCUCCUCCUCCUCCUGCGCCCACCAAGACCAGGACUCACUCCUUUUGCAACCACGUCACUCUGCGCCAGCUCUCCUCCAAUAGUUCAGUUCAUGCCACAUCUAUAGCAGCCAGCCGUGUGGAGCAGGCUCUGUCAGAGGUUGCCUCGUCACUGCAGAGCAGCGCCCCCAAACAUGGACCCCUGCACCCUUGGAUGACCCUGGCUCAGAUCUGGCUGCAUGCAGCCGAGGUGUACAUCGGCAUGUCAAAGCCAGCCGAAGCCUCAGCCUGCACACAGGAAGCAGCAAACCUCUUCCCCACAUCCCACAAUGUGCUGUACAUGAGGGGGCAGAUAGCCGAACUGCGGGGCAACAUGGACGAGGCCAAACGCUGGUAUGAAGAGGCUCUGUCCAUCAACCCGACGCACGUCAAGACCAUGCAGAGACUGGGUCUGAUUCUUCACCAGCUGCAGCGCUACAGCCUGUCUGAAAAAGUCCUGAGAGAUGCAGUACAGGUCAACAGCACCGCUCAUGACGUGUGGAACAGCCUCGGAGAGGUCCUGCAGGCUCAGGGAAACGCUGCCGCUGCCACCGAGUGUUUCCUCACUGCGUUGGAGCUGGAGGCCAGCAGCCCCAUUCUGCCCUUCACCAUCAUUCCCCGAGCUCUAUGAAACACUCACACAAAGACACACACUUAAACAGUCAUUGCCUCAUUACUGUAGCACAGUGGCACAAAUUCUGGACCUACACUCAAAUACACAGCAUGCCUGCAUGCCACUAACACUCAGAUUUACUGCCAUACCUUUACAAACACACUGUAUCAUAAUAGUACAUAUAACACAUACAUCCUGCCCCUUGUCCACCCAACCUUCCCACAAUGCCUUGCUGUGACUAUGUACGUGUGAGGGCAUGUGUCUGCGUGCUGAUUGGUUGCUUGUGUCUGUGAGUGUACGCCCACCUCUGUGUAUGUGUGCCAAAGUGCUGCCUGUGCAUAGUUGUGUGUGGUUGUGUGUGAUUUGUAGUGAGUGUGUUUGUUGUUUUGUCUUCUUCAAAGAUGUACAGAAGAUUAAAAUCCCUCUCGACCAUCACUAGCAUUCAGAGAAACUAAGAGUUUACAUUUUGUUUACAUGUUGUUUAGUCCAAAAAUUCAAACACAAGGAGAACCUACAAAAUAAAACAAUGAACAGUUUUAUUAAUGUUUCCCUUAUAAAUUAGAUGUUACAGAUAACUGAAACACAUAAAUGUUGCUGUACUGAGCAUUAUUGGAGCACUGACAGAGAUGAUCAAUAGAUCACAGAUGAAUCAAUCAGUGGCAUCUGAAUGCCAAAACACAGGCUGCAUUUACACACACAUGAGAUCAGAUUUUAAGUUCCUGGAUUACUCUCACCUCUACAUUUCUACAAAGAAGACAUGAUUAUCUCAUGUGGAUGGUCAUUACAUGCUUUGUUUCAGCAUUAUUUCAAUUACUUUCCACAAUUUUACAUAAGUGCUCUAUUUUCUCCCCACUAGUGGCUUUAAAGAUAAAGCUGACGAGAAAUGUUUUCUUGAUGAGAGUUAGAAGAGAACAUUGAUCUCACCUGAACACUCAAUGUAAUGCUGAUGUUGUUUGACUUCCUUCAUCUGGUUGAGUAACGAUCUGCAGGGCAUUCAGGUUUUUAAAAAAUAUUCAACCAUUAAAGUGGAUCUGUUUCUCUUUUACCAUAGAGCAAGCUUUUGAGUAAACAAGAAAUAAAAACAUGAAAUUUGAUCCAUUCUAGGGAAAAAGUUGUCACUUAUUUUAAAAGAAACCAUCAAACUUGAUCAUCAUUUUAAGGCUAGCUACACACUUGUUUUUUUUAGGUUUAUUUUGGGCUUUUUGUGCCUUUAUUUGAUAGAGGAGGACAGUGGACAGAGCUGGAAACAGGGACGAGAGACGUGGGAAAGGGCCAAAACAAUAUGGGUGACCGCAGACAUAAGGACUGUUUGAAGCGACCUUUAACCUCUUCUUAACACACAAACCAGACAAUUCAGCAAGACUGCAUCACACCUGCGUGAUCACUCACAUGAUCAAAUGUGACUUUAAAAAAAAUAUGGACAGGGCGCACAGAUGGCGGAGUGGUUUAAGGCACACACCAUGUACGCAGACGGCCCAGGUUCAAAUCCAGCCUGUGGCCCUUUAUCACAUCUCACCCCACUCUCUUGCCUGUUUUCAAAUCUAUCCACUGUCCUCCACUAUCUAAUAAAGGCACGAAAAGGCCCAAAAUUAAAUCUUUAAAAAAUAAAAAAUGUGGACAAUCAAGGACGUCAGCUGGCUGUCCUGGUGUGCGUUCUGUUUUGCAGCAAAAAAUGAAACAUAGAAUAUGUAUUCAAUCCUGGAUGAGAAGAAAGUUUAGUCGUGCUUAUGCUCAUUGCCAUGUUUGUUAGAUGCAGUUGGUGUCACGCUUCAGUCUGCUCACUCUCAUUAGCUUUUACAGGCAUUCUGUCUAAGGCAGCCCAGACUGGAAUGGUGACUAUCAAACAUAUUUGAUAGUUACCAUUCCUGAUCAGAGAAGUUCCAACUCUGCUAGGAGCAGUAAAAGAAUCUCACUGAUUUUUUUAACUGGUUGUGGCAAGCCCCGAGUUGGGCUGUGCCUUCCGAAUGUUUGAAAGGAGGGAGAGUUAGUCGGGUCCAAAAUUGGUUCCACUUUGCCUUUUUAUAUCUUAAACUGGAGCUGGCUCCCAUUGGAUGCAGUGCUAAAGUACAGUCACUUGGUAUCCAAAGGCCCAAAAUAGAUCUUUGAUGUCAAAUGUGAACAGGGCUUAAAUGUCAACAUUUUUUUGCACUAUGUAGUUAAAUAUAUUGUUCCAGUACAGAGUUAUGGUGGUUUUCAUGCAGACUGGAAAAUAGUUCUUUAUCUCACUGUCAAGUCCAGUGGCAGCUGUGCUUACGGUAGGGUUACAGUUAGAAACUAUCAAAGUUUAUUGAUAACAAAACAAUGACUACAAAGGGUUAAAAGUUACAAUUAGCUUUAAAGUUUCUUGGGUUUAAUGCCAAAAAUGUGUUGCAAAAUUUCCGUUUUGUUAGUGAAUCCAAAGACACUCUAAAAUUCUCUCUUUACUGAGACCUCAUUUGUGCCAACCUGUUAGCUUCUUUUCGCUUCAAAACACGAACCUCUCUGUUUAAAGAAAGAAAAUCUGCAUCCAAGCACAUCUAAAGCGUGUUGAGUAACAUGUCAAGUUUCUGUAAGGAUAAACAGAAAGUGCUGCAUGGUUAUGAUAGAGGCAGAUUUUUCCCUGGAUAUAUGCAGACUAGCCAUGUCCCUCCUCUCCAGUCUGGACUAAGCCAACUGGCUCAUAUUGCAUUAUGUAAUAAUUCAACUUAGCUUAUUUUCCCAAAUAUGCUACAAUAUUUUGAUGAAUACUGCUCUUUUCAAGGCUGGAUUCAGCUGCAGAAAAAUAAAUAACUCAAAUGGCCUCCUGUGAAAUAAACACAGCUCUCAAACUGGAUCCUCUGUUACAUUAAAAUUUUAAAAAGUAAGUGUCAUUUUAGGAUCUGUUACACACAUUUCCCUAAUUUCUGAUUUCUUGUGGGUAAAUGCAGCCUGUGAUUGUGUUGUCUUUGUCACAGUCUUGUUGAAUACAAAUAGAUGAACAUAGUUUUAUUUUUCAUUUGAUUUUCAGUUAUAAAUACAAAAGAUUAUUGUUGUAUAUUUGAUUGUUCCAGUUGUAUUAUUAUUGUUAUUAUUUUAGAAAGUAAAUUAUAACUCUAUUUUCUGGAGAAUGAUGUUGCUGAGAUGCUGUGUGAGGAGUUAAAGGACAGACUGAUGCAGAGCUCAGUGAGUCCUUUCAGCUGUAAAUGAAUGACUGAAAUCAAGAUGAUAAUAAAAGUGGUUGAAAUCA